CGUCGUCCUUGUCCUGUCCGUCCGCUUCUGUCUGUCGUCAGCGUCACCCCCACCUCUCUCUCUCUCUCUCCCGUGCCAGGCCCUUGCCUGUUGUCUCGGCGUAACAUGCCUAGCGAAGGCGAGAGGAUCCGGACUCGGCUUGAUGCCAAAAAGAAGCAGGCGCCCACGCCGUCGAAGAAGUCGCGCUCAAGGAAGGAUGCCCCGGGGAAGGAGAACACCAGUACGGCGAGCAUGCCUCCCACCCGCGCCGGGUCGGUCACAGUCCCGUGGCGGCAGAAAAUUGCGAUACCCUACACGCACCAGCUGCUCGCCAUCAUCUCCGAGAAGACGAAGUACAAGAUCGCAUUCGGCUUCGACAAGGGCGCUGCGAGCCUGGUUCCCGCAGCCGAGGAAGACCCCAACAAGAACAAUCCGACCGGUCUGACGCAGGUCGACCAUGCGAAGUCCAUCGCGCGCAAGCUGCUACUACCCACCGCUUCUGAGCAGGGCACCAUCGAGUACGCUGUCAAGGACGGCGAGCUGAAUGGUUGCUUCACCGAGGACCAUCUCGGGGAGCUCGCGCUGAUCAUCAAGGCCCGCAUCCUCGCCCUCAAGAGGAUGUAUGUUGAGAAGCGCAAUCUCCUCGGCGAGACGGGCAUGGGCCUCAUCGACAACGGCCGGGAGGCUGACAUGACUCAGGGAUCGGAACUGAAGAACAAGUGGGACUCGAUCCAGAAGACCUUCCCGUACUUCAAGACACUCCACAACAUGAUGGGUAGCAGUCCGACUGUCGACCGGGGUGCAAUGGCCAACAGCACGACCCCCGUUGACACGUCCAUUCUCGGGCGAGGAAGUCAGCCUUUCGAUGAUCCGGUCGACCCAUCCCAUGUCGAGCCCUCAAGCAGACUGCAGUCCACGCCUCUCCCCGACGGAGCCUCGGCAACGCGCAAGAGAUCUCGCAACCUGGAGUCCGACGUCUCUGAUGCGGAGCGCACCGAUGGCACGAGUGGUGGUGGUGAUGGCCCCAACUCCGACUCUGACUCCAGCAUGAGCAGCGUCGAGGCUCUCCCUGCAGCUCCAACCAGCAAGGCAUCGGGAAGAUCCCGGAAGAGUCGCACCCCGACCAAGCCGAGCGUAGCUCCCUCCCCUGCUCCUGCCUCUUCCCAUAAGCGUCGUCAACCUAUCGAAGUUGUUGCUGAGUCAGCUGCCGAGGAUCGCAAGGCUCGGAUCGAUCUCGCCAAGUACAAGCUUCGCAAGAAGAACGAGCGCGCGGAGAAGAAGGCCCGUCUUAGCUACGAGGUCGAGCUGGCCAAGGUCAAGCAGAAGGAGAUGGAGUUCGAACUUCGGCAGCUGAACGAGCGUUACGCACGUGAGGAGGCUGAGCGGCAGCGGAACUUUCAGCGCGAGAUGAUGCUUCAUCAACUCGAGCUCGAGCGUAUUCGUGCGGGCCUUCCUGCUGCUUCUGACCAGCCCGCUGGGGGUCUGGCCUCUGCUAAGGCUGGACCGUCAUCGGGAGGUAUCAGCCCGGGCAUGUCUGCCAUGCCGUCGCAGUCAAGCAACGUGCACCCUGUUGACCCUGCCCUUUUUGCUGGCCCCCCUCCGUCUGGCCCAUUCUACUGAUGGAUCUUUGUAUGUCCAAUUUGUCCACUCCAUUGCACUCCUUAAAUGCCCUCACUCUCUUUACUGUGUUCUUCACAUACAUAUCACUUGUAAUACUUAAUCAUUCUACUGUUCUCUGCUGAUGUGCAUGCAUCAUGCCAUACUUAUAUACUCUAUUGCUGGUGGCUGAAUAACGCUUCCUUCAACUGUGCCCGCUUGUACCUGCCCUCUAGAAGCUCAAUAUCAUCAUCCUCAUCCAGUUCCUGCUCUGU